UCGACCCGGUGGCCCGACUCCUCUGCUCGUACAGAAAAUGAACGCCCACGCUCCUCCUCUGCUCUCACAACCCUAGCCGCCGCCCCGUCGCCGGCCAGCCCCCACGCCGCCGCGCCGUCGUGCCGCCGUUCGCCGCCGCCCCUCGGAUCUACGCAUCGCCCCGCAAGUGUCCGUCCAUCGCCGCUCGCAGCAGCCUCCCGAAGUCACCGUGCUGUCGUCUCCCCAUCUGCCGCCACUUCUCCGUUGUUCGCCGGCGGCGGCCGCAUGAAGUAUAGCUCCUGGACGGGCCUGGCCGCAAGAUCCACGCCAAAGAAGCCGUUCCCCCCAGCUUAAGAAAUGUCGUCAAGUGGGUCUGCCGAAUGGACCGAUGAUAAUACUCGGAUUAUCGUGGAGUUGUUUGUGAAACAAGUGAAGGCUGGAAACAUGCCAAGCACUCAUUUGACACCCAGUGCAUAUGAUGAGGUGGGAAAGGAAUUCUUGAUGAGAACUGGACUUGAGUACACACCAAAGCAAGUGAGGAACAAAUGGACCAAGCUAAAACGUGAGUACAACACAUUCAAGAAGCUCAAGUUGCGCGAGACUGGAGGGGGUUGGGACUUUGAGAAAAACACUGUGAAACAAGAUAAUGAGUGGUGGAAGAAGGCAAAAGUUGACCUCCCAGGUUGUGGCAAGUUCAAGAAGCAUGGACUUCGUAAUGAAGAAGGCUUGCGCAUCUUAUUUGAGGAUAUCAGUGUUGAUGGCACUGACCAUUGGAACCCUACAUCUGGUAUGCCACCCCCCUCUAGUUCGGCAUUGAAAACCGCCUUGAAUGUUGAUGAAAUCACCGAUCUUGAUUUGGAGGAUGAUACCGAAGAACAACCUUCUCCGACAGUAACUAGUUCAUCUAAAGUGAGGCUUGGGGUCACGAUUCCGGAGAAGAACAAGAAACCAAAGACUGCACAAGUGAUGCAAGAGGAGAUUUGAAAGAUUAGUUCUAUUGCCCAGGCUUCACACACAUCGUUUCAGUCUUUCCUAAAGAAAGAUGAGACAAUUUCUGCUGCCUCUACCAUGGAUUUAGUUCGUGAUUGUGGCGCAAUAGACGACACUGAUGAGCAUUUUAUUGCAACUGAGCUCUUUCUGAAGAGAGAGCAAAGAGAGAUGUUCUUGCACAUGACAUCCGACUCUCGAAAGGGUUGGUUGCGUAAGAGGUCUGACCUCAAGUAUGGGAACUAGUUUGUUCUAUCUUAUAUUAGCUAUGGGAACAAUAUUUAUGCGUAUGUUGGUGAAACUAUUAUUAUCUUGUGCUAUCCGUACAAUAUGCCUAUGUUGGCAAACCUAUUAUUAUCUUGUGCUAUCGGUACAAUAUUUAUGCCUAUGUUGGCAAACCUA